CCCGCCGGGGGCUCCCAGUGUCCCGGCUCCUGACGCUUUUCUGAGCUCAGCCCCACAUCGAAGUUUCCCGCACGUGAGAGGCCCGGUCGGACCUUGAGCGCGAUGCCCCGCGCGCCCCGUUGCCCGGCAGUGCGCGCUUUGCUGCGCAGUCGAUACCGCGAGGUGUGGCCGCUGGCAACCUUCGUGCGGCGCCUGGGACCUGAGGGCAGGCGACUUGUACAACCCGGGGACCCAAAGGUCUUCCGCACAUUGGUGGCCCAGUGCCUAGUGUGUGUGCCCUGGGGCUCACAACCUCCACCUGCUGACCUUUCCUUCCAACAGGUGUCAUCCCUGAAGGAGCUGGUGGCCAGGGUCGUGCAGAGACUCUGUGAUCGCGGAGAAAGGAACGUGCUGGCUUUUGGCUUCGCGCUGCUUAACGGAGCCCAAGGCGGACCUCCCAUGACCUUCACAACCAGCGUGCGCAGCUACUUGCCCAACUCAGUGACUGAGUCUUUGCGCGUCAGUGGUGCAUGGAUGCUUUUGCUGAACCGAGUGGGCGACGACUUGCUGGUCUACCUGCUGGCCCGCUGUGCGCUCUACCUGCUGGUGCCCCCGAGCUGUGCCUACCAGGUGUGCGGCUCACCCCUGUACCAAAUCUGUGCCACCGCGGAUACCUGGCCCUCUGUGUCCCCGAGCUACAGGCCCACACGACCCAUGGGCAGAAAUUUUACUCAUCUUGGAUCUACACACCCGGUCAAGAAUAGCAAUCACCAGGAAAGGUGGAAACCCCUGCCCUUGCCAUCUCGAGGCGCAAAGCGGAGCCUAAGAAUCGCCAAUAGAAAUGUGCCUUCAUCUAAGAAGGCCAGGUGCGAUCUGGGCCCGAGACUGGAGAAGGGACCCAACAGGCAGGCGGUUCCAACCCCAUCAGACAGAACAUGGGUGCCAAGUCCUGCCGAGUGCCCCCCAGUGACUACUAGUAGAGCUACCAAGGAAGAUUUGUCUUCCGGAAGGAAGGCACCUGGCCUGAGUCGCUCUGGAGCAGUGUACUAUAAGCACAAGCCCAGUUGCACAUCCCCGCAGCAGUCACCAAUAUGCCAAGAUACCUUUCAGCUCAGACCAUAUACUGAGACCAAACGCUUCCUCUACUCUAGAGGAGGUGGCCGAGAGAGGCUGAACCCCUCCUUCCUUCUCAACAACCUCCAGCCCAGCUUGAAUGGGGCCAGGAGACUGGUGGAGAUAAUCUUUCUAGGCAUGAGGCCUAGGACAUCAGGACCACUCUGUGGGACACGCCGCCUUUCGAGGCGCUACUGGCAGAUGCGACCCCUAUUCCAGCAGCUGCUUGUGAACCAUGCGCGGUGCCCGUAUGCCAGACUCCUCAGGUCACAUUGCAGGUUUCGGACAGCAACCCACCAGGUGGCAGGUGCCUUGAACACCACCAGCCAGCUGCACCUCAUGAAUUUGCUCCGCCUUCACAGCAGUCCCUGGCAGGUAUACAGCUUUCUGCGGGCCUGUAUCCUGAAGCUGGUGCCUCCAGGUCUCUGGGGUUCCGAGCACAACCAGCGACGCUUCUUUAAAAACGUGAAGCAGUUCAUCUCCUUGGGAAAGUAUGGCAAGCUCUCGCUGCAGGAGCUCAUGUGGAAGAUGAAAGUGGAAGACUGCCCCUGGCUUCGCAGCAGCCCAGGAAACAACUGUGUCCCAGCCGCAGAGCACCGAAUGAGGGAAAGGAUCCUGGCUAUGUUCCUGUUCUGGCUGAUGGACACGUACGUGGUAGAGCUGCUUAGGUCAUUCUUUUACGUCACAGAGACCACAUUCCAGAAGAACCAGCUUUUCUUCUACCGUAAGAGCGUGUGGAGAAGGCUGCAGAGCAUUGGAGUCAGGCAACACCUUGAGAGAGUGCGGCUGCAGGAACUGUCACAAGAGGAAGUCAGACAGCACCAGGAGACCUGGCCAGCCAUGCCCAUCUGCAGACUACGAUUCAUCCCCAAGCCCAGUGGUCUUCGGCCCAUUGUGAACAUGAGUUACAGCAUAGGCACCAGAGCCUUUGACAAAAGGAAGCAGGCUCAGCUUUUCACCCAGUAUCUCAAGACUCUGUUCAGCGUGCUCAACUAUGAACGGACAAAACAUACAAACCUUCUGGGGGCUUCUGUACUGGGCCUGAAUGAUAUCUACAAGACCUGGCGGACCUUCGUACUGCGUGUGCGCACUCUGGACCAGGCACCUAGGAUGUACUUUGUUAAGGCAGAUGUGACUGGAGCAUAUGAUGCCAUCCCCCAGGACAAGCUUGUGGAGGUCAUUGCCAAUAUGAUCAGACACCCAGAGAACACAUACUGUAUCCGCCAAUAUGCAGUGGUCCAAAGAGAUAGACAAGGCCAAAUCCACAAGUCCUUCAGGAGACAGGUCUCCACUCUCUCUGACCUCCAGCCACACAUGGGCCAGUUCGUGAAGCAUCUUCAGGACUCAGACACCAGUGCGCUGAGGAACUCCGUUGUCAUCGAGCAGAGCUUAUCUCUGAACGAGACCAGCAGCAGCCUGUUUGACUUCUUCCUGCACUUUGUGCGUAACAGUGUCGUGAAGAUCGGUGGCAGGUGCUAUGUCCAGUGCCAGGGCAUCCCCCAGGGCUCCAGCCUGUCCACCCUGCUCUGCAGUCUGUGUUUUGGAGACAUGGAGAACAAGCUGUUUGCCGAGAUGCAGCAGGAUGGGCUGCUUUUGCGUUUUGUUGAUGACUUUCUGUUGGUGACCCCUCACCUGGUCCAGGCAGAAGCCUUCCUCAGGGCCCUCGUCCAUGGCAUUCCUGAGUACGGCUGCAUGAUAAACUUGCAGAAGACAGUGGUAAACUUCCCCGUGGACGCCGGUGCCCUGGAUGGCACAGCUCCACACCAGCUGCCUGCUCACUGCCUGUUUCCCUGGUGUGGCUUACUGCUGGACACUCAGACUCUGGAGGUGUUCUGUGACUACACUGGUUACGCCCGGACCUCAAUUAAGGCAAGCCUCACCUUCCAGCGAGCCUUCAAGGCUGGGAGGAACAUGCGACACAAGCUCUUAGCUGUUUUGCGGUUGAAGUGUCACAGUCUGUUUCUAGACUUACAGAUGAACAGCCUUCAGACAGUCUGCAUCAAUGUGUACAAGAUCUUCCUGCUUCAGGCCUACAGGUUCCAUGCAUGUGUGCUUCAGCUUCCCUUUGACCAGCACGUUAGGAAGAACCCUGCAUACUUUCUGAGCAUCAUCUCCAACAUAGCAUCCUGUUGCUACUCCAUCCUGAAGGUCAAGAAUGCAGGAAUAACACUGAAGGCCAAGGGUGGCUCUGGCUUAUUUCCUCCUGAAGCUGCACGUUGGCUCUGCUACCAAGCCUUUCUGCUCAAGCUGGCUGGUCAUUCUGUCACCUACAAGUGUCUCCUGGGACCUCUCAGGACAGUCCAAAAGCAGCUGUGCCGGAAGCUCCCGAGGGCAACAAUGGCCAUCCUUGAGGCUGCAGCUGACCCAGCUUUAAGCACAGACUUUCAGACCAUUUUGGACUAACCCUGCCCUUUCAGCUGGAUGGACAUGGGCAUUGUAGCCUCACCACUCCUGGAUGCUUGUCACAAGAGGGACUGACCUGUGGUGAGGCCAUUUUGCCCUCCGAAACCUGUGUUGUGGUGGUAGUAUAGGAGUUUGUCCCGGCGCCGUGUCUCCUGUGAUGGGCUUCAUUUCCUUCCUGAUGCCCUCCAGGGAAGCAGCUCCCUCCCCUAACAACAAACACUGGGACAGUGUGGACAGAUGUGAGAUCUUGUGUCUUUUCAUAUCUAACCAUGGACCCUUUCCCAAUGGGGUCAGAGUGUCUUAGAGACGAAGACAGGAUUUUAAGCCAGUAACCUAAAUUACAGCCUAAAUAUACUCCAAAUUCAGAUGUU